AUGAAACUUAAAUUUUUAAGCUUAAUUCAUGUGCCUCUGUUAUAUUUGAUAUUUCCUGGCAGUAAUUACGAAAAAAAUAACUAUAUUCAAUUAACCUUGCAAUAUUCAUUUGUUAAGCUUAAACUUAAAUCAUCAUAUAAUCUUCAAGGCAAAGGCUCAGGAAAAAAAGAUGAUAAAGGAAGACCUGAAUUACUAUCAUUAGUAAGGAGAGGCUCACCACCUCCAUCACCAAGAAAUAUCAGACCUCGUAGUGAGCAAGCUGGUAGCAGAAGACCGCGAAAUCAACCACUAUAUAGAAUGCCAUCAUGGCCACCUACGGAAGGUCCAGGAAGACCAAUUACUGGUACAUCUAGUAGGACUACUGGGCUUGUUUCUGAAGGAUAUAGUUGGCCUCCAGUAGAAAAAAGAAGACCCUCACUCAAUUUAAAGAGUUCAACCCCGAGUGUUAAAUCCCCAUAUAAACAAAUGGAAGAUAAGGAAGAUUUGUUCACUGCAAUCAGAGUAGAAGUCAGAGAAGAUGAAGAAGACUUAUCAGAUAUUCAAAAACCAUCUGAUUCAGAGAGUGAAUCUGAUCCAAGCACUCCAGGAACUCCAGUUGAUAAGAAAGCUGCUCUUGAGGAAGAAUCUGAAUUAUCCCCAGAAAUGGUUGAAAAGAUUCAGAAGAUGAAGGAAAAAUCUACUAAAAUUGUUAAAGCAAAAUUAUCAAAAAAUAGGGUUUCAGAAUUAAUCAGGGAUCCAAACUUGGAUAGAAAGAUCAUGCUUAUUCCAAUUCCAUUACUAGUUUCUCUCUUGGAAGAAAUUUAUAAAUAUUUAACUUCUGGAUCAGUGACUAUUGUUACUAUACAAGAUAUCAAAAAAAUUGAUCUUGAAGUAUCUUCUUCAAGCUCCUCAAAAUCCAGUGUUUUUCUUACUAAAAUGAAAGAAGGAAAUAAUCAAAUAGAAUCAUUGAAGACAAAAUUAAAAGAUGAAUUUAACUCAAAGUACAAUGUGCAAUGUGAUUUCAAACUUUUGAAAUCUCUAGCUAGUUCAUAUAGAGAAAAGUAUUUGGAAUGUUCUGGAGUUGAUCUUCAAAUAGCUGAAAUGUCCAAUCCGAGAAAAGGAAUGGUCGAAAAUAGGGCCCAAAAAUUAAUGGAUUUAUAUUCAAAACUAAAAACUUGUUUGCCAAAUUUAAAAAAAUUAGAAGCCAAGUUUAUGGAUUGUUAUUUGACAUAUUUGGAAAAAAUAAAUUCAACUCAAUCUGAAGUAAAAAAAAAAGAAAUCUGUACUUGGGGAGAAUUACUUUUAUUAGAAUUCUUUUUGACGGCUUUCAAAGGCUACGCAAUGCUAACUACAGAAGCAUUAACAUUGUAUGAAAAUAAUAUUAGUAAAUAUGAGCGUUUGAAAGAAAAAAGCGAAACAGAAUUAACUGAUUCCGAAAAACAAGAACUGCUUAGUUUGAGUCCAAACAUGGAAAAGUUACUCAAAUUGAGAAUAAAUAAUGAACUAAAUAAAAUGUUGUCAUUGGCUCUUCAAAGCAUUAUUCAAAAGUGUAUCAAUUACCUAAAAACUGAAACUUAA